AGCGAUUAUUGAUAAGGGAUGACCAAAGCUGAAGAUUUCAGACGAUCAGAGGAGCCUAGGACCGUAAGCACUGCCACCACCAAGUCAUACUAUAAUCAUUCAACGGAUGGAAUUUAUGCCGUCGGACUUGGAGUCUAGCCCCUGACGGUCUCUUGAUAUCGCUUCCUAUCCGAAUAAUCGGCUAAUAAUUGUGGGGACAGUGCCCCGAAAACACCUGGAGGCAGUCAAUUCGACCGGACCGAUCAGAUGAAGAGGUGAACGACCACUGCUAAGUCCUUAAGAUGAAACGUAGAAAUUACAGCCGCUUUGGGACAGACCUAUUUUGAUGCUGAAGAUGUACGUCUCGACGGCAUCAUUAGAGCCUUAUAAAGCACUGGCGGGUCCGUCAACUCUACCCAUAUCUCUUUGUUCUGCAUUACCAAUUUCUCCAUCUCAAGCUUGCUACUCAAACCUUGAAAGCUCCUCGUCUUUGUAAGAUAGGACGUGCUCGACGACAUACUUUACAUAGGUACCUACUAAGCAGCACAUAACAUUUGCACAACAAUGACCGCCAAUCGCAAAGUCGUCAUCACCGAAUUUGGCGAUGUCGACGUCCUCAAAAUCGUAGACGACAUCGUCCCGCACCCGCCAGCAGGCCACAUACAGAUCGCAGUAGAAUACGCAGGGUUCAACGGCGCCGACGUCGGGAUGCGCAAAGGCGUCUACCCGUUCCAGAAAAAGGCCCCACUGACUCCAGGCUACUGCCUCGUAGGCACCGUCCGCGCCAACGGCGAAGGCUGCACGGCCUUCCAGGUCGGCGACGUCGUGGGCGUGCUCACCAAGUACGACGCGAACUCGGAGCUCGUCAACCAGCCGGAGAAGUACGCGGUCAAGAUCCCGGACGGCGUGGACCACGUGCAGGCGACGGCUAUGAUAAGCGACUGGUUCGCGGCGUACGGGAUGGUGAAGCACACGGCGAAGGUGACGCGGGGGCAGAAGGUGUUCGUGCACGGCAUCAGCGGCGCGGUGGGGUGCGGGCUGAUGAUCCUGAGCAAGCUGCAGGGCGCGGAGGUCUACGGGACAGCAAGCGCGCGCAACCACGAGGACGUGCGGGCGCACGGCGCCACGCCGUUCGCGUACACGGACAAGAAGUGGAUCGACGCGAUGAAGGGGCUCGGCGGCGUCGACGUCGUCUUCGACCCCCUCGGCUUCGAGAGCUUCGACGAAAGCUACUCCAUCCUGUCCCCGAACGGCUUCCUCGUCGCCUACGGCAACAACAAGGGCAUACUCGAGAACGGCCAGGUCAGGAGCCCCUGGGGCCCCAUCAUGAAGCUGAUGGCGAAGAAUCUCAACUUCAUGUGCGGCAAGAAGGCGACUUUCUUCGGUAUCUCUCGCGACCAGGCUACGUAUAAGGAGGAUAUUGAGGCGUUGCUAGAGAUGGUUAGGACGGGGCUUAUUACUGCCCCGGUUAAGAAUCAGUGGGAUAUGGAGGAUAUCAAGAUUGCGCAUAGCCAGUGGGGCGGCGGGACGGGCAUUGGGUCGUUGUUUAUUAAAGUCGCUAGGGACUAGGUUGUUUGAUGGGCUUGAUUUCCUUUAUUAUUAAUUGUUAUUUUCCGUCGACGUCAGUUAGCGUCUGGGAGUUUGGGGGUUUGUGGAGGAAGGGUAGAGCGUUUUUAGGUCAUCU